UUGCCCGUGGUUUUUACCCUAAUUUGUUUAGGGGUUUUCCACGUAAAAUCUAUGCCUCAUUUAUUUUUCUUUCUCAAAUUAUUGUUGCAAUCUGAUCUAUCCCACUUCCGCGGGCGCAACAAUGACAAGCAAGCUAAGGAAGGAGACUUUUACUGGUAUGCAACCAAUUUUUCGGGAGUGUUGGAUUCUGCAUCUGGUGUGGAUUCUUAUAUUGUUCUCUUGAUUAUUUAGCUGGUUGAGCACAACAAUGAUUGAGAACCGGAAAAUUGUGAAUACGAUCGAUGGUUUGGACAAGGUACAUGGAGAGAAACUUGCUACACUUGAAGCUGUAUUGAAAGUUUUUCUGACCACAUCACAUGAUUAUAUCCCUUUGCUAGCUGGACUAUAUUUUGAUACCUCGCCUGGUUUCCUAGUGGACUAUGAUGCUGCUUUUCCCGCAACUCCGAUCCUCUCUCAACCAGAAGCUAAGCUACUGGUGUAAAAUCAUCUGACAAUUCGAGUUCCAAAACUACCUCUUCAAUUCUCCCAGUCCGGGCUCAGCUGAUGAGUCUAAGAAAUUAAAUUAAAGACGAUGUAUUUUCAGACAAUGAAGCUGAAGAAAGCGGAAAAAUUAAAGGAAAGUUACAGCUAGCACCUUCUGAAGGUGUAGACACUCAAGUCUCGGGUUCUGGGACUAAUACUGGUUCAACUCAAAUCUCGAGCCCGGGGCUAAACACAACGUAACGAGCCAAAACAGCUAAGGAUGCCGCAGUUGGCCUGGAGCUGCACCAGGCCAGGCAGUGACACCCCUAGUACAGUAUUAAAUAAUACAAACAUGCAUCUUCUCUCCUUAAUUCCAUCUCAGACUCCAUCCCAUGGCAGCUGCUUUAAUUUUAUUUUUCUCAGAAGCCAAUAGGAAAUUCACAAGGCAAUGCAAACUCGCAAGAUCGAGCGAGGCUCAUCAGGUAAGGUUAUGGCAACCAACGAAGAGAUGAGUGAGAGUCAGAGGCGUGCUAAAUUGGAGGUAGAUUGGAAGGAUGUUACGCAACUGGAAUUUGACGAGAUGUAUGUCUAUCUCAAGAAAAUUCAAAAGCGGGUUGACGAUCUGAAUGCCAUGGUAGAGAAGAUGUGUCACGAUGUGAAGGAGGACAACAAGUUCUUGGAACAUCUUAUUACAAUGUUGUCUGAUCUAAUAACUAUUUUAAGGAAAAAUGUCAAAUAGACCAGUGAACUUUUACACUUGUACAAAUAAAAAUAAAAAUUAGGUCAUAACAAUUUCACUUUAAAAUUAAUGAAGUUUUCUUAGGGUGCGUUUGGAAUAUUAUGAAUUAUUUCAUCUGAGCCAAAAAAUGUCUUAUUGUAGUUACAUGAGCCAAUAGAUGAUAUAUUGAAUAUAUAUUGUUUUGAAUAAUUA